ACGCACUGCGAGCUCAUUCCUCGACCGAGUCGCGUGAAAGUUGGACGCAAAACGAACCAUACAAAAAUGUGCCACAAAUUCGGAUUCGUUUUGCUCGCGUCCAUCGUGGGCGCCAUUUGGGCCCAGGAGCAACCCUACUACCUGCAGCAGUGUCCCCGGGAUGAGGCUCAGAUCAACGACUGUCUGCGGGAGAGCGGCAACAAGCUGGUCCACUAUCUGCAGAAGGGCGUGCCCGAGCUGGACAUCUACGAGAUUGAGCCAGUGAUGAUCGAUGAGAUCGGCAUUGUCCUGGGCAGCGGUCCGGACGGCUAUCGCGCUCUCUUCCGCAACAUCCAGGCCUAUGGCGUGAGCAACAUAACUGUCACCAAUAUCCGCUCCGACUUGGACUCGCUGCAGUUCCAGCUGACGUGCGAGAUACCCCGCAUACGCGUCAAGGCUCAGUACCGAUCCACAGGUGUUCUGAUCUUGGUGAAGGCCUCCGGUGCCGGCGACUACUGGGGCGAGUAUGAGGGCGUCAAGGCCAAGAUCUACUUCAAGGCGGUGGCCAAUGAGGGAGCUGAUGGACGCACUUACUUGACCACCGACUCGGUGAAGAUGGACUUCAAUGUGAAGGAAAUACAGAUGGGCGUGGAUAACAUUGCCAAUGGCAAUUCAGUCAUACGUAAGCUUAGAUCUUCAGUCCCUGAGAAUCACAUGCGGGAAUCUACUCACAAUCUCCUCCCAUUAACAGAGGCUGCUCUCAAUCUGUUCAUCAACUCGAACUCCCAGGAGCUGCUCAAGGAAAUGAAGCCGGCGCUGAGGACGAAACUCACUCUGGUCAUCAGGAACUUUAUGGAUCGCAUAUUCGCCAAGAUCCCCCUGGAUGAAUGGAUCAACUUAAACUAGUUCUCCAUGAGACACUGUUCUACUUCUAAGUCCUAAUGUAUUGCACAGAGUUCAAGCUAAAUAAACAAAAAUAGUACGAAAAA